UUCCGGGUGCGGCUUCUGUCAGAGCUGAGGCCUGUCUUCAAACGUGGCGUCUUGGGUCCUUAGGGCCUCGCCGGCGGUCCGCUCACAAGGGCCGGCGCGGGCACUUUGCGGCCAACAACUGGAGCCAGCCCUCGCGUACCGGGUCCGCACUGGCACCUCUAACUUUUCAGAGCUGGCUGGCUUUUAAGCCCUCGCGAUUGAGAGCCCUUGAUUCGCAGCCUCCAGGACUGCAGCUCUAGAAGAGAGCACCCCUUCGGCUAUACCUGUAUACCAUAGGCGUGCUUUGCCCUGUGAGGUGCAGCAUUUGACAAGUCACCCCUACCCCCACGUUACCACUUCCACCUCAAUUUCUGCCACGUCUGCCUUAAUUUCGUUCUUAACCUCCUUGAUUUGAGACCCCUCCCCCUCUCUGCCUCCAGAAGAGGUCUUCCUCCUACCCCCAGUUCUGUAAAAGAGGAGUUUUGGGUCUCUUGCAGAAAGAUUACCUUUAAGACUGAGCAUCCGUUUGAUAACUAAAACAAGUUCAUGCUUGCUAAAGAGUUUGUGGGCAAGGCGAAACCCAGUGCACAUAAGAAACUAUGGCUGAGCACGGGGCUCACAUCACAACUGCUUCUGUGGUGGAUGACCAGCCAUCCAUCUUUGAGGUGGUAGCACAGGACAGUUUAAUGACAGCAGUGAGACCUGCUCUUCAGCAUGUGGUCAAGGUUCUCGCAGAAUCAAAUCCUGCCCACUAUGGCUUCUUUUGGAGGUGGUUUGAUGAAAUCUUCGCCCUGCUAGAUCUUCUGCUCCAGCAGCAUUAUCUGUCUAAAACCAGUGCCUCAUUUUCUGAAAAUUUUUAUGGAUUAAAGCGCAUUGUAAUGGGGGACACACACAAGCCUGAGAGACUGGCCAGUGCUGGUCUCCCAAAGCGGCAGCUGUGGAAGUCAAUUAUGUUCCUGGUUCUUCUUCCCUACCUGAAAGUGAAGCUGGAGAAGCUUGUUUCUAGCCUGAGGGAAGAGGAUGAAUAUUCUAUCCAUCCCCCUUCUUCCCGCUGGAAACAGUUUUAUAGAGCCUUCCUGGCAGCCUACCCAUUUGUUAACAUGGCAUGGGAAGGCUGGUUUUUUGUACAACAACUUCGGUACAUCUUGGGAAAGGCUCAGCAUCACUCACCGUUGCUGAGGCUGGCUGGAGUUCGGCUCGGUCGACUUACAGUUCAAGAUAUACGAGCUCUGGAGCACAAAGCAGCUGAAGCCAGCCUAAUGCAGCAACCAGCCAGGAGUGUUGGUGAGAAGAUAAAGUCAGCUCUGAAGAAAGCCUUGGGAGGUGCGGCCUUAUCCCUCUCUACUGGCCUUUCUGUGGGAGUAUUCUUUCUGCAGUUCCUUGAGUGGUGGUACUCAUCUGAAAAUCAAGAAACUAUCAAAUCACUGACUGCCCUGCCUACUCCACCACCACCUGUACACCUAGACUACAAUUCUGAUUCUCCUCUGUUACCCAAAAUGAAGACUGUGUGCCCCCUGUGUCGCAAAACCCGGGUAAAUGAUACUGUUCUUGCCACCUCUGGCUAUGUGUUUUGUUAUCGCUGUGUAUUUAAUUAUGUGAGGAGUCACCAAGCUUGUCCCAUAACAGGUUAUCCAACAGAAGUACAACAUCUAAUUAAACUGUAUUCCCCUGAAAACUGAAAGGGAUUAGCAUUUUAUUUCACAACAAAAUUAUUGCACCAUAAGGCUGAGAAACUGAUUUUCAGUUUCAGUACAUAGCACUGUUUGAAUUGUAUGAAAACUGAGUUGUAUGAAAACUGAUUUUCAGUUUCAGUACACAGCACUG